AUCACCACUACAAAUACUACGCACGGAUAGUUAACGUUCGCUGUGUUGUGAGACGCCGACUUGGGUGGAGCCAGCUUCAGCAACUGAAGAUGGGGGAGGAAAGGUCAAGGCUGAUCAUACGUCAGAUGUACCGGUCGAUGAAGGAGACGAUGUACGACGCUCGGCUCAACGUGGAGGCGCUGCCGUCUCAUGCUAGGAAGUUGUUGCCUCAGAUCAGUGAGCGGACCUUUAGGAGUUACGACGGGACAGCCAUGUUCAUCCCUGACGUCAUCCACGGCGCCCGUGUCCUUGACAUUGGCUGUGGGGGAGGCUCUCUGACCUUCCUGUUGUCCAAACUUGUCGGCCCGUCUGGUCACGUGGUUGGUGUGGACAGUUCGGAGCAGUUUAUCCAGCUGUGUCAAGAACAAACCGACUACCACAUGAGAGAGUGGGGCUACACACAACCAAACUGUGAGUUCAUACAAACGGACAUCGAGACGUUAACGGACUUUCAGUUGGAGCCGUUUGACGUCAUAGUGUGA